AAGAUUAUUUUCCAAGAAAAGAUUAAUCAAAUUUCUAAAGUACUUAAACUCGAGAGCGAUAAGCAACACCGUCGCCGCACCAAUCUGAACACCGCCGCACCGCCACUACCACCGCCGGUACUCCACCAAAAUGGCCUGCCGGUACUUCAGAGAUGCGUACUUAUUUUGUACCUAAAAACCAAUUAUCUUCUCAGCUUCAGAAGUGUAUUCCAAAUUCAUUGAAACAAAAACAAAAACCCACAAAACCCUUUCACAAACCACUCAUUUCUUCUGAUUCAUCACCAUCUUCUUCCAUGGUUGGUGUUCUCAUUGCAUCCCUCAAAGAUUUUGUGACUCACAACCAUUUAUCAAAUGCAUUCAAAACCUUCAUUCACAUUCAACACCAUGCUUCAAAUUCAACUUCAAUUGGUUCUUUUGAUCUUAUUUUUCAACCCAUUAGAGAUCUUUUAUCAGCUUGCACAAAUCUUAAGUCUUUGAAACAAGGUAAACAACUUCAUUCUCAAAUUAUCUCACUGGGUAUUGAUAAAAAUUCAAUCUUGAUUUCCAAGCUUGUUAAUUUUUAUGGAAGUGUUAGUUUAUUAGGUGAUGCUCAAAUUGUUACUGAGAGUUCAAAUAGUUUGGAUCCUUUGCAUUGGAAUAUGGUUAUUUCUUUGUAUGUUAGAAAUUGUUUGUUUGAUGAGGCCAUUUCGGUUUAUAGGAAAAUGUUGAUUAAGGGUGUUAAACCCGAUGAUUAUACUUAUCCGUCUGUGAUUAAGGCUUGUGGAGAGUUAUUAGAUUAUGAUACUGGUGUGGAGGUUCAUAAGUGUAUUCAAGAUGGUUCCAUUAAGUGGAGUUUGUUUAUGCAUAAUGCGUUGAUCUUUAUGUAUGGUAGGUUUGGGAAGUUAGAGGUUGCUCGCCAUUUGUUUGAUAAUAUGCCGGUUAGAGAUGAUGUUUCUUGGAAUACUAUAAUUAGUUGUUAUGCCAAUAGGGGUUUGUGGGACGAAGCACUUUGGUUAUUUGGACGGAUGCAAAAGGAGGGUAUUGAAAUGAAUGUUAUUAUAUGGAACACCAUUGCUGGAGUGUGCUUGCAUAAGGAGGAUUUCAAGGGGGCUCUUGAGCUUCUUUCUCAAAUGAGAGCGUCGAUUCAUUUGGACUCUGUUGCAAUGGUUGUUGGAUUAAAUGCAUGUUCACACAUCAGAGCUGUUAAAUUGGGAAAGGAGAUUCAUGGUCAUGCUAUAAGAACUUGUUUUGAUGUGUUUGACAACGUAAAAAAUGCAUUAAUUACAAUGUAUUCCAGGUGUGGAGACCUAUAUCAUGCGUAUAUGUUGUUUCGAAAAAUGGAUGAGAAAGGUUUGAUCACAUGGAAUUCUAUGCUUUCUGGAUUUGCUCAUAUGGAUCGAGCCGAGGAAGUCUCCUUCCUUUUUAGAGAAAUGCUAUAUGAGGGUGUUGAGCCUAAUUUUGUGACCAUUGCAAGUGUCCUUCCCCUUUGCGCUCGAAAAGCAAAUCUACAACAUGGUAAAGAGUUUCAUUGCUACAUGGUGAAGCGUGAAGAAAAGUUUAGUGGCCAUUUAUUAUUGUGGAACUCACUGGUGGAGAUGUAUUCAAGAUCUGGCAAAGUUUUAGAAGCCAGGAAAGUCUUUGAUUCGUUAAGUAGGAGAGAUAAAGUCACGUAUACAUCCAUGAUUAUGGGAUAUGGUAGGAGGGGGGAUGGAGAAAAGGCUCUAAAACUAUUUGAAGAGAUGUGCAGGUUCAAUAUUAUACCGGAUCAUAUGGCAAUGGUUGCAGUUCUAAUAGCUUGUAGUCAGUCCGGCCUUGUAGCGGAAGGGCAAUUCCUAUUUAGAAAGAUGAUAGAAGUCUUUAGAAUAAAUCCCAGGAUUGAGCACUAUUCUUGCAUGGUUGAUCUCUUUGGAAGGGCUGGUCUUCUUGACAAAGCUAAGGAGAUUAUUACAGGGAUGUCAUGCAAGCCGACUUCAACAAUGUGGGCAACUCUAAUAGGAGCUUGUCGAAUCCAUGGAAAUACAGUGAUGGGGGAAUGGGCUGCAGGGAAAUUGCUGGAAAUGAAGCCUGCUCAUUCAGGUUAUUAUGUGUUGAUUGCAAAUAUGUAUGCAGCUGCUGGUUGUUGGAGCAAACUAGCAGAAGUGAGGACUUGUAUGAGGGAUUUGAGUGUGAGAAAGGAUCCUGGUUAUGCUUGGGUUGAUGUUGGCAGGGAGUCUUCUCUCUUUUUAGUUGGGGACACUUCCAACCAUCGUUCGAGUGAGAUUUACCACUUGAUGGAUGGGUUGAAUGAACUCAUGAAAGAUGCUGGGUAUGUACCUAGCGAAGGGCUUUUGUCAUCCGAGGAAGAUUUUGAGGAGAUGAAUGUUGUAGGGAACGUAAGCUGAAUACAAGUUAAACAUAUUUUUAGAUUGCUUUUCUUGUAUAUAAAACAUGAUGCGGAUUUUUAAUACAAGUUACAAUCCCACAUGCACGACCUACUAAGCACAAAUUACUUGAUCAGUUGUCAGGUCAAGUAGCACAAUUGAAAAGUACAUAGGUCAUGGACAAUUUGGUGUGCAAGUUGAGCAACCCGAGGUUAAGUUUCCUUCACAUGAAAAGUUCCAUGGCAUUUGUCCUCAACAUUGGAAAUAAGAAGGUUGUUAAUGGUACAAGAAAUGGAUUUCAUGGCUUAGAGGAUGAGGAUCAAAGAUUACAUUGGAGAGAAGAACGUUGUUAACGGUUCUUCUGUUCUUCAUGGAGAUCUUUGCUGAAUCUGUUUCUCCAUUUUUAUUGACUUUGAGUUCAAAUAAUUCUGAACCAUCAUUUACUAUUAGUAUUUUUUUGUAUAGCAGGUGGAUACCAUUUGGUUGGAUAUAGAUAUUCUCAGUUGGGAGCAACUUCUCAA